GUGCAUCGGAGCUAGCAAUCCUUUUCCAAGGUCUCCGAUUUGGAAAAUUGGUUGGGUUAGGACAGCCAGCGGGCGAUCCGGAUCGCCGUCAUACGGCGAAGUAUAGCGGCCAUGCUGCAAGAAUGAAAAAAGAAAAACCUGAAAUCGGCUUGCCCGGCCAGAAAACCCCUUUUUCUCAGGUAAUCUUCCUGUCGAUGGUUUGAUGGGCUACCACUGCCCCAAGUCAUAAUUGCACCUUGAUCCCUUCACGUUGAGCAAUUCAUUGGAGAUUUCAUUCUCAGACGCUCAGUAUGGCAAAAGGAUACGAGGCUUAUUCGAGCCUAUUGCUCCAGGCCUAUGACAUCCUUGUUCAUUGGUUCAAUGACAAUUAUGUAUGGCGGUGUCCCCUGCCCGUACUCAAUGCCUUUUUUUCAGCCAACGUCGGCCCUCGCCAUAUGGACAUCGGUGCUGGUACAGGGCUCUUUCCUCUGAACCAUCGUGACAAAAUGCGACAGAGUAGCCAAGACUGGCCUCUGCACUUGACCCUCGUCGACAUGAACACUCUAUGCUUGCAAAAGGCUGCCAGCCGCAUUGGCUGCCCCAGCAAGACCACUUGUGUUCAAGCAGAUGUCUUUGAACCAUUCGCUGUUCCAGUCGCUCAAAGCGCACUCGCGGCACCACCCAAAUUUGACUCAAUCUCGUUGAUGUACCUGCUGCAUUGCCUACCACCACCAUCCGAUCAUAAAGCCACCGUGUUUGCUCAUCUGAAAGAUCACUUGACGACCGAAGGGACCUUGUUUGGUGCCACCGUCCUGGGAACUGGAGCGCAUCACAAUUUGCUCGGACGGUUGACCAUACGCUUCUACAACUGGAAAGGGAUAUUUGGAAAUAAGGACGACAGUCCAGAAGUAUUUGUGAAGGCGCUGGAGAAUGAGUUCGAGGAGGUCGAGACCCAUAUUGUGGGGGUGGUGCUGCUUUUCCGGGCUCGUAAGCCCAGGUUGGCCUAAAUGUGUAUCUAAGUACUUCCAAAUCUGAAGUUCGAGCUUAGCAGAGCAUUGUAUGCUGUUGUCAAUGCAUUGAGUUUCUUCGAUACGGAUC